AUGCAAACGUUGCAACAAGCAAGGCUCACUUCAAAGCCUCCUCCCUUACCUGGACCCAGUACUUCGAGUGGAUUCUCUGCUCUAGCAAAAGCAUAUGAUCCGAGUAACAAGCCUCCACUUGUGAAAGCUGGUGGGAUUCUGCGCCACCGGACUAUAAAUCCGAUGCAAGAAGAGCCUAAACCAGCGGAGCCGGAUGUGAAGACCAUCGAACUGCUUUCUCGGUUCUUCAUCAGUUCCGGUGUUCCACUCGAAACCGUCCAAGAGCGGACGUUUCUCGAUUUGGUCCGUCAUAUCAACCCAAAAAUAGUUUUGCCGGAAAAAACUGCCAUGGCCAAAUGUGUUGAGAAGUUAGGUGCCACCACAAAGCCAUUUGUCAACUUCCAAAAGACAGUGGGGCCACUAUGUGUCACAAUUGACACCGAUGGAACCGAUGAUGAGAAAUACUUGGUUUUCUCGAUUCACUACUUUGAGGACCUCUACGAGAGGAAACAAAUCGUCUAUUUGCGCAAACUGCUGCUGAGCGAAUUGGACGCGGACAGCCUUCUUAUAUCCGUCAGACGUGCUGUCAACAACUACACCUACGUCAAUGUGAAGUUCAGCAACAUUGUGUGCCCAGAUGACGACGUGUAUAAUCUAGUGGUGAACAGUGAUGUGGUGAAGCGAUACCAUGUAUGCUUCUACCACUACAUGAAACAGUUUGUCUUUGACUUGAUUGAAAUCGAAGAAUUUUCACGUGGUCUCACCGAACUAAGAGAAUUCGUGCGACACAUAAAAAAGAGCGCCGACCUGUACGGGAAAUUCAGAAGAAUGCAACUGUCGAAAAACGCCGAGUUGGACGUACCAAUGAUAGACGAUGGACCAUGGGAAAACACAUCAUUAUUUUUGACGAGAUGCCUUGUUUUGCAUGACACCUUCACUGAUUUCUGUGAGCGUUUCAACGUCACCUCGUACAUCAACAACAAAACAUUCAACAAUCUCGUCUACUUCCAACGUUUGCUCUCAGAAUGUGUCAAGCACUGCCGAGAGUUGAGUACUCCAAACAGUUCGAUUUCUCAAGUCAUCCCCGCAAUUAUUUCUCUUCAACGAUACAUUAAGAACAAUGAUAUGGGAUAUCGCUACACCAGAAUCAUCCGAGAAUCACUUCACACAUGCUUCAGACAGUAUUUGGAUGGAAACAUGACACUUCUUUACGAGAUGGCGACUCUGAUGGAUGCUCGCUAUGCUUAUCGAGAUGUUCUCACACCAUUGAGAUGGAAACAGCUGGAGUUGAAGGUAGCCGAGGAUUUUGUGAGAACAGAUGCUGCAAUGGAAAAGUGCUUCUAUCAAGAUCUUUCUCUGAUGAAUCCUGAAGACCGUCGUACUGCUAUCAUGGCCGAGUUUGCUCACUACCGUCAAGUAUCGUUUGUCGAACGUCCAGAAGAAGCAGAAAGUCCAUUUUUGUGGUGGGGAAGACGUCAUACAGACAUGGAGUUUUUGGCGGUGAUGGCACGUGAGUACUUGGCAGCUCCUGCAGUUUCGGUCGAUGCGACUUACUAUUUUGCCAACGGCGGGAAGUUCCAACAUUUGUGCAACACUUAUUCAUACGGUGAACUGGAAAGUUGUCUCUCUUUGGCUGGAGCUCAUCAGAAAUUUGUUGGAAGAGGUGCAUCUACUGAUAACAUCACACCGGAUAUGAUUGAGUCGUUGAACAGCACCGCGAAUCGACUUCAAAAGAGAACAUAUUUUGGGCUGUACACUCACGGAUGUGACGACGUCAGUACAGACCGUGAAGUGGCGGAAAUCAUUGGUCAACCAUACCCACCAAUCCCAACCAUGGCAAUACGAGGACAUGGUUUAGCACAAGAGGAAAAGCCACCAACAAUGGCAAUUCCGCCUAUUCGAACAGUUUUACCUAACACCCAACCUGUCCGUCAAACCAAACCGUCAGCUAUCACAGCGAGACCGAUUCAGUACAAAGGAGCAGCCUUGGGAGCGGUACCAAAGGCUAUCCCGAUUCGACAAGUUCCAUUGCAAAAAUUACAUCCUUCUCAAGAAAAGCCAAUGGAAGAAGAAAAACCGGCCGUUUUUGACCACAAUGCUAUUUCCAAAACAAAAUAUUGGCCACAGCCAAAACCUCUUCCACAAGAAGAAAAACCAAAAGAUCUUCUUGAGAAGGAAGUGAAACAGGAGUCUCAGGAACCUCUUUUGGAAAAAGUUAAGGACGAGCCGCUGGAAGAGGAACCUUCUACGUCUUUGGUCGGAAAAGUCUCAAAUGCAGUCAGAAAAAUGAGCCCACUUCCGACACCAGCCAACAUCAUUCAACAUCAACAAAACCAAGUCCAACUCAAUUCUCCAACUUUGUCCCAACAAGGACCACCAUCUACAAUCAUUCAAGCAAAUGGUAUUCAAACAAAACGGAUUAUCAAGAAUAUUCAUGCACCAAUGCCACAAAACAUUACUCCGCACAACUUUGUGCAGAAAUUCGCUCAAAAACAGAACUUUGUUCAGAAGUUUACUAAUCGUGGAGUUCCACAAGUUCCACCAGCAAAUGUUCAGCCACCAGCUGGUAUCAGAAGUCCGAUGACGUUCCAAAGGUCAGGUCAACCUUCUUCAUCCGCGCUGCCACUUCAUGAACCAAAAAUUGAGGAGCAGCUAAUUCUUGCAGAGCAACCAGAUGAUUUUAAAAUGGAGCCACUUGAUGAUUUUGACGAUUUCAAUGUUGUCGAUGAUUUCUCCACUUAUACCAGUCCGCGUGUUAUAGUUCACUGUGAGAAGUUGAAUGAUCAAUCAAUUUCAAAUGCUUAUGCAAGACACCGAAUGAACAUGGAAUUGCAAAAACGCAGAUCUUGCAACCGUCGCUGUGCAGUGUGUGGGCAUUUGGAGCAGCACGAACUUUUGAAAAACGUCACUAUUGACAACGAGAAACUUCUGAUCAUGCUUGGAUGCAUCUACCGUGGAGAGUUCACAAUCAUGCAAGCACAAAUCUUCAUGUCAAGAGAGAGUAAGACGUACAUCUGUCGUGUUCACUUUGGAGAGACACUCGAUGAAAUUCAUACAAUGCUUCGUUUGACAUGUGCCGAGGAUAUUCAUACAUGCUCAGUAGAUAUGAUUCAGAAUAUUAUGAUUACUAUCACAGCAUUGCGUCCACAUGUCACUGCACAACAACUUCGAAAACUUCUUUAUGACUUUGCCGAAAGAUACAAACACCUCAAGGAUACCAGAAAUGACUUGAUGGGACCGGACGAUUAUUCCCGAUCCAAGGCACAUGAACCAAACGAUGUCGAUGAGCAAGAGAUCAUACCAAAAGUCUAUCGCCAACCCAGAAAACAAGUUCUCGAAGCUGAUCAACACGAUGGAACUGUCAAAGUGAUUGAGCAAGAAGACUUUAAGCUCCCAACUGCCAAACCAUCGGAUCAUGAGGAUUGUGACAAUCCAGGAGUCUGCUGUUUCUGUUCCAAACAAGGAGAUCGCAAAUGCAUGUUGAAAGUUCCGAGAAGUGAGGAUCGGCUUGCCAGAUGGAUUGAAAAGCUUGGACCGGAAUUCGAAAAACGACUCAAAUCAGGAAGCGAUAAUUUGAUCUGUCGUCAACAUUUCCCUGAGGCAGCAUUCAGCAGCCGUGGACGUCUUUUGAAGGGAAUGAUUCCGGAUGCAGAGCCAGAAAAAGUCGAGGUCACCUACCGUAUCCAAGGAAACAAGUUCCUCAAACUAGACGAGCAAAAAUCUGGAACUGACAAGAAAUCGAGCAUUGACUUGGAGAAGGGUCAUAGUGACCGGCAAGACGAGGCGAGAAUGCGUAAAAUGAUUGCAGAGACAAAUGAAUUCGAACGUCACCUCAACAUUCAAGACCAUGAAGUCUCACCAGAACGCAGUCUCUCACCGAUUGAGAUGAGUCCCCAACCAACUACCUCGGCCGCCGUGGAAACGAGAGCACCAAGAACCAGAAAGUCAGUCAACAGAAGUGUCACACCAGAUGAUGGCGGAAAACUUGCUAAAAACGACACCGACUACAACCCAGCACCAAAGCGACGUGGAAGACCACCAAAGAGUCUUAAGAGAAAGGCUAAAACUCCACCACCUGAGGAAGACGAGGACUAUGAAGAUGACGAGGAGGAGAUGGACGAAGAAGAAUUCACCACUGCUGACGACGAUGAUUUUGUUCCCGAACAAGAAAUCAGAAGAUCUCGUCGCAAGUCCCGCAAAGUUGCAUCAGGAUCCGAUUCGGAUGAUGGUCCAGUAAGAUAUAUUGAGAGCAGAACCGGGCUCAAGACGGUCAAGAUGGCAAGAAAGGCUCCAACAAGAAACUCCAACAAGCAGUAG